CUGCCCUGUGGAAGGUAGGAGGAAUCUGUUGGCACAGCGAGCCAUUGUGUUCAAUAGCUGCAUUCGUUCUUCGUCUCCCCUGCACAUGCCAUAAAAGCUUGAUGUUCCCCACUAUGUACCAAUAAAACAUUCAUUGGCAUCAAUGAAAGUUUCUACUGCAAGAAAAGCUAAUUCAGAGCAACAUGGGAGGGCAGGUGCAGAUGGAGGCAUCGUCGCAUUUUCAUUUCUCCAUUUUGAGCCUCCUGUUUUUCUUCAUCUUUCUUCCAGGAAGCCAAGGCAUGAAGUGCAAGCGUGGUUGGUUCCCUUAUGAGCAGAACUGCUAUGGAUUAUUUCCGGAACUAAAAACAUGGAACCAUGCAGAGAUAGAAUGUAUGUCAUAUGGGAGAGACAGCCAUCUUGCCUCUAUCUUCUGUCAGAGAGAAAUGGAUGCUGUGGCCACUUGGCUUACAACCAACUUUAACAUCGAUGAGCCUAUUUGGAUCGGACUAUACAACGUGGGCAGCAAGCAAAAGAAGCGUUGGAGGUGGUCAGACAUGUCUUCAGCCAACUACAUCCCCUGGGGACGUGGCGAAUCCAGUUCACUUGAGGGGGACUGUGUAGAAAUGUCUUAUGAGGAUUUUUCGGCAUGGAGAGUUCAGAACUGUGAAGUGCCACAAGCCUAUCUCUGCAAAGUAGCAAUGAUGUGAACAGCAGUGGUAAAGGAGGCCAGAGAAGACGACUCACUUAUCCAUGAGGUCGGUCUCUAUCGAGACCAUGAGAGGCCAAUCGUUCAGAUUCCCAGGUCCUAAGGCUGUGGCCCCAUGCAGCAUCUAUGGGUCAGACCGUUCUCAUGACUGGAGCGUGAUGCUAAUAAAGAUCCAUCUCCCAAACAAA